CACACGUGCCCCUCCUCGUUUGUUUGGCGGUAGAUUCUCAAAGACUUCGGUCCCAAAGCUGGUUUCAGAAGGACAGAGGGUGAAUCUGAUCGUGCCUGGCUGAGGAAUUCAUCAUGAUCGUUGUGUUUGGGUUGGAAUAUGUCAUCCGAAUCUGGGCAGCCGGCUGCUGCUGCCGCUACCGCGGACUACAGGGGAGACUCCGGUUCGCCCGCAAGCCCUUCUGCGUGAUCGACUUCAUCGUGUUCGUGGCCUCCGUGGCGGUGAUAGCUGCCGGGACCAAGGGCAACAUCUUCGCCACUUCAGCGCUUCGCAGCAUGCGCUUCCUACAGAUCCUCCGUAUGGUCCGGAUGGAUCGCAGGGGAGGGACCUGGAAGCUGUUGGGGUCCGUGGUGUAUGCUCACAGUAAGGAGCUGAUCACAGCCUGGUACAUUGGAUUCUUAAUCCUCAUUUUCUCCUCGUUCCUUGUCUACCUGGCUGAGAAGGAGGAUAAUACAGAAUUUUCGACAUACGCAGACUCCCUCUGGUGGGGAACAGUUACACUAACGACGAUUGGUUACGGUGACAAAACGCCACACACGUGGCUGGGCCGGAUGCUGGCAGCGGGAUUUGCACUGUUAGGAGUCUCAUUCUUCGCUCUCCCAGCUGGAAUUCUGGGUUCGGGGUUCGCCCUGAAAGUUCAAGAACAACAUCGACAAAAGCACUUUGAGAAAAGGAGAACUCCUGCGGCCAACCUCAUUCAGGCUGCUUGGCGUCUCUACUCUACAGAUGUGAGUCGGCCUUACCUGACUGCCACCUGGUAUUACUAUGACAGUAUUCUACCUUCGUUCAGAGAACUGGCACUUAUGCUUGAGUCACUCAGCCGAUGGCGCAACGGCGGACUUAAAAAUUCAGACAGCAAAAAACCGCAAGAAGAAUCCCCACAGAUACAUGCAUUUCAUUCAAGUCAAAGAUUAAUUGUGCCCCCCUGUAAUUUGGGAGAGAGUAGCCAGAGGUUAGGAUUCCGAGACAGAAUGAAGAUGAACAGUCCGAGGAUUCAGAGUAUAAGGAACAAGCAAACGUCUGCCCCCAGUAUCCAGCGGUGUCCCAGUACAGAGAACGCGACGCAGGUCAGCCCCACCAAGGUGCAGAAGAGCUGGAGCUUCAACGACAGAACUCGCUUCCGAGCAUCUCUCCGCCUGAAGCCCAGAGCCACGGUGGAAACUGAGAACCUGGGAGACGACAACUACGACGAGAAGGCCUUUCACUGUGACAUCAGCAUGGAAGAGGCCAAGCCAAUUGUGAAAACACUGAUCCGGGCCAUCAGGAUUCUGAAGUUUCUGGUGGCAAAGAGGAAAUUUAAAGAGACCUUGCGGCCGUACGAUGUCAAAGAUGUGAUAGAGCAAUACUCUGCAGGACACCUGGACAUGUUGGGCCGGAUCAAGAGCCUCCAAUCCAGGGUUGACCAAAUCAUCGGGAAAGGUCAGGUGCCAACAGAGAAGAAAUUGCGUGAUAAAGGAGAGAAAGCUGCACCGGAACUGGAGCCAUUCGAUGAGCUGAGCAUGAUGGGCCGUGUCAUGAAAGUGGAGAAGCAGGUGCAGUCCAUCGAGCAAAAGUUGGACAUGUUGUUGAUGAUCUACGGCCAAAAUUUAAGCAAAAGCUCAGCCACAGCACUGACACUGGCUGCGAUGAACAUUCCUCUAAUAGACCAGGACCUGACCUCUGACUAUCAUAGCCCGGUGGACACUACAGAUAUCUCCAUGUCUACCCAGACAUUGAACGUAUCAACCAAUACAAAUCUUGAAGAAAGUCACUAGAAGCUCUAGGUGACCAACACUCAUCUAUACUCUGCAGGCAUUAAUUACAUGGAUUCACACCAACAAAUCUUAGGAGACACUUCUAAAUGAUUAUUGUUAUCUUUCAUUUUUAUUUAAUAUCUUUUCUGUAUUAGUCAUCAACUGUCAAAGAAUAUCCCAGCACUUCCAGGAAUACUUAAACUUCAAGGAAUAUCUUGAGGACUAUUACUAAUCGAAAUCUGAAAAUGAAUGGGGAUGGAGGAGGAAAUAGCAUUCAUUAGCAAAGCCAACCAACAUCCACAAACAAGGCUUGUGAAAGAAACCCAACUGCAGUAGUGCAACUCAAUGUGAAAGAGACUACUCGGGCUGAAAUAAUGGAUAGGAUUUCCAGAGAGGGGGAAUUUCCUAUUUACUACUCUGAACAUUCCAAUGAAACUGUUUAUUAUGUUCCUUGUGUGACUGAGAUCACUGGUAAUGUGUGACUUCCCUCACCGAAGCCAUUAUGUGAAAAGCCAGGAGCACACAAUGUACCACAAGGUCAGUAGAUGCAGGAUUGUAGAGGACUGUGACUGUAGGGACUGACGAUAGUCAAACCUCUGUUGGAACUGGACUCUUCCUCAGUGAUGAAUGAGAUGACAUUGACUUCACCGGACAGCAUUCAAGCAAAUGCAUGUUCAAUCAAAAUAGGAUGAUGAAGAAAGGGCUAGGAAAAUCCUUUUUUUUAAUCAGAGAAUGUUCAGGAGCAAUUCAAUCCAAUCCUGCUUGAGGGGAGACUUUAAGGUUUAAAUAUAAUGGAUUGGAUUUUCUACGGCUGUUUGUGUACCCUCGUCCUUGUCCUGCUAAAGAUGGAAGUCCACUCUAGGAGCACCAAUAAAUGCAAAAACACAAAGUCACCACUCAGUCCUCCCGUGAAACCUCCCUGCGUUUCUCAGUGACUUCCAGAAAUUCUCAGACAACUGCUGGAGAUAUGCAAAACGCAGCGCGUGUCUAAAUGAGUCCAAUGUUUGACUUAUUUUAAAUGAGAAGGAAACUCUAUUCAAGAUCCCAGUGACUGUCUUUGGAAAAUGCAUUGUUUGCAAGCCAAUGUUACCAGUCCUCUCACUGCCUCAGUUAACAGCUACAAUAUUACCCGUGCCUGAAGUCCUAGCUCAUGAGAUGAACAAGUUAAAUAUUUUAGCUGUGACCUGAUGGGUGGCCACCAACAGGCAAUCUCUUGGGCGGUGCCAACCUUUGUACUUCAGAUAUAUCUGAGGGGUUGUCCCACAUGAGACCAACACUCACAAUCUAUCUGUUAAUAAUUUAUUGUACAUGAAGAGAAGGAGAGAGACUAGCAGAAGAGUAAAAAGGAAUCUUUCUUUCUAUCCUUCUAUCACUCAGAUGCCUAUAGCGUUGCUAUGAGAAGGUCAUUAAUUUCUUCAUCUUUGUGCAGCCAGCCACCAGAUUAGAUAAAUUCAGAUUGCACCUGGGAAGGUCAUUCAAUAAACUUACAACAAAAGGCCAGUCUUAGGUUGUUAAAUCACCAGCUUGUGAAAAUAACAUCAAAUCCACCAACAUUGAUGAGGGAGGGACUGUCCUUGCCUGUCCUGGACUAUAUCUGAAGCCACGCCCUUGAUUCCUGGCUGUUCGACAGCAGUAAAUAAGCUGCUGGAUCCAAGAGGCAGUUGGGCACGGGGCAAUCAAUGUUAUCCUUGCCAGCCCCAAUCAGAACACUAAACAAAUGAAAAAUAAAUUGUAUUUGCAAAUUCAUAAGAGCUCAUAGACAAGAGUAUCCUACUGUAACACAGCAGUUGGAUAAUGUGGUCUUGAGUGAAAGUAAUAGAAAGACAGCUGUGCCUUGAGCUCUGGUUGGAAAAUUGUAAAGGACUUUACUGCAUCUCUCAGAGACAUCUCAGGUUGCUCCAGGCUUGCUUUCAGGUAAACUGACUGUCAUGUGGACAAGUAUGACAGCCAUUUUGAACACAGCAAAAAACUUCACACAGCAAUAAGGUGUUAGUCCAUUUUGCCAUGUGGUCGGCUGCAGCCCAGACACUGGGAGAACCUACUGCCCUUCAAACUGUGCCUUGGGACAUGGACUGUCCACCUACUCCACUGAGAAGGGCACACCUCUGCCUCCAUAUUGCACUACACCCUGUGGGCUGACGGCCAAAAGGAAGCAUAAACCUGCUGACCAAGUGAAUCAAAGGAGGUCCGUUGUGCAGGAUUCACCAUUCCAGAAGUCCGUCACAGACAGAGAAGGCAGCAGAACUUUGCUGUUCUGUCCUCAGGGUGAUGGACCACGCUUCCCGGUAGAACAUGAUGCCUGCUCGCAGUCAGCUGCAGACCGGCAGUGGCCACCUGCAUAAAACUCAGCACGAGAAGCAAGUGGCAAGGAUGAAGGUGGUUGCAGAAUCCCAUUACCAUUGUACCAGAGCUUUAGGGAGGUGUACAGACUCCAGCAGCACCAAACAUACCUGUAAACAAUAUGCAGCCCUGGUGAAGACAGAACACAAACCAGCAAGUGAGGACAGUGUCAGUAGAUAAAGCUGAGUGAUCCCACGGGCAAUAGAGUAGUUCAAAGCUCCUCUAUCCAUGAGUGAUUGGUUGUGGACAAUUAAACAAUCAUUAGCAGGAGGAGGCUCCAUACAAAUAUCUGACACUGGGUGGCAAUGAAUGCCCAACCUGUGACUCUAGAGACAAGGGGUAAGCAUUGACUCCUCUUCUACAUCUCAAACUCCUCUUAAGCUCUCCACCAUCACCUGAAGGUAGUCCUUAAACUACUUCUUUCAUUGAAUAAGAGCAUUACAGCAUAGUACUUGUCCUUUUCCAACAAUGCUGAGAAACAAUUGAGUGCAUGGAAUAGGAAAAAAGCACAGGCAACAUCAGGAUGUCAGAUCUCACCAACGCUGUUACCGUUUCUCAAAGCUGAGAGCUCCCAGGAAUGUCCUGCCCCAUUCUGUUACUGUACCAUGACCCUAUCACGGGGUAGUUAUGGCCGAGGCAGAGACCAUUGGUCAUUGAGAUCGUGUCAUUUUGCAGUGUAACAACCUGAACAAGCCCACUCUCCAUCUACCUGCUCUCAGGCAUCACUAACAUAACGAGGAGACGCAAUGACCCGCCCUCUCAUCAGUGAGCUGUUUCUCAGUGGUUGAUUUAACUUCUGUCAUGUCUGGAUUUCAACAGAACCCUGAUCCAGAGAUGGACAAAAGGAGUGAGUGCUGUUGGGGAGGAGAGAGUAACUGCAGUGGACAUCAGGACAGUAGUGUGGCACCAAAGAUCCCCAGUAAACAAGUCAUUGGGAUCUGGGUGAAAUGGCUGAACUCAUAACGAACUCAAGGGAGCAUCUGAGUGCUUCAUGGAAGAGGGUUACCCCACCCUCAGGGCAGCACAGCAGGGGCUUUUCAGGGAUGUAUCCUAGACCCAACCUGCUGCUUCGUUCCUAAGCUUCAUAAGGCCCACGGUGGUGAUUUUCACCGUGUCCAGUCUGCACCACUUCGAGAACAAAGCCACCCGUUCUCCAUGUUCCGGCCGGGGCAGUGAUAUGUGAGUGAACGCCUGCAACCCAAGUUCUAAAUGAGAUCAUCCCUAACAACGAGAAGUCUAACCACGCACUGCAGCGUUACCAUCAGCCACACUUCGGAGUCACCAUUCACCGGAAUCUUAACUGGCGCACUCGCGCAAAUACCCAGGCUGCAGCGUGAGCUCAGUGUCUUCGUAUUCUGCUUCUUAGCUCGGUCUACGAGAUGCAGACAGAGUGUGAUGGAGUUAUCCCCACAUGCCAAAUGAACAUAGGUCUAAAGUAGACAUGAACAACCUCCCGGGUAAAACAACUCUCCCUUUGUGCAUGGACAUGGUGACUCCAGUCCACACCAUCUGUAAGAUGCAUUGCACCCACUCAGCAAGGCUUCUUCAGCAGCAACAUCUGACACUGAGCCAUUUAGAACCGAGAAAGACAACGCCAUCACAACAAACUCUCUUCCGAGUCGGUACCUUUCAUUGCAACUGAACUUGAGUUUCACCAUUCCUUCACUGUAACUCGAGUUUAAACCCUGGAGCUCAUUAGCUGAUAGCAGCACGAAGUAUCUGCAUCUAAAGCAAUUCAAGCAGGCUGCCCGUUAUUCCUUUCAGAAAGACAAAUAAGAAUGGUCCCAGCAGUAAUGCCCACCUCCCAGAGGAAGGAGCUGCCCUCACCCUUGCCUUCAACAGGCAAGUUGGUGAACUCCGGAAUUUCCACAAAUCCCCACUGCCUCCUUUAUUCUUAUUCCUCCUUUCGGGAGCUUCUCAAGGCCUCAAUUUUUGCAUUCCUCAAUGCUUCUGAUGUGGCUUUACACUGCUUGUUUCCCUCUGGUGACUCCCCAGUGGGGCACCAUCUUCGAUUGUUGCUGGAAUUUGGAGCAGCACACAAUCUGCUGGAGGAACUCAGCGUCAGUGAAGGGUAGGGAGGGAAGGAGUUGUCGGCGUUCCGGGUCCUGAUGCAGGGUUUCGAGAUCCUCCAGCAGAUUGUUUGUUGCACCAGCUCCCACUGGAAAAAAUAUUAAAGUCACUAUAUCAUUAUUAGGUGCAGAGCCCCAGGCAGUGACAAUGGAGGAAUAGUGAUGGGGAAACAUGAAAAACAUGACAGAAAUUGGUAGUGACAUGGAGUGAACAGGUUGGCCUGAGAAAUAUUGGAACUGCCAGCACUUUUUUCCGUAGUUGAAGGAAUAUCCAGGAGCCGGCCCAGAAAUCCCAAUCUUCCUGACAAGAGCUCGCCAGGUACUUCCCACUCCAACACUGGCUGAGCAUCAGCUUCCCAGCAGCCCGACCGGGAACUCGGCCCAAGGACACGACGUUAUACAACUUAGUGCAACUGGGAGAAGCAGAGAGCUAAGCUUCCAGUUCUGAGUUAAUUAACUUCAAUCUUUCCAAGUGUUUUGCAAUGUUUUUAUUAAUCUUAUUAUUUAUUUGAAAUGUUUAAAUUUUUUUUAAUAUUUUGGAAUCCAUGAGACAUGGAAAGUACUUGUCAGUUCUGACAGCCGGAAGGGCCUGAGGGUGUGGCUCGGAGUCCUGGGCAGAGCCCCAAGAAGGAGGCUGCAUUCAACCCCUCUGCAUGAUGCUGUUUACAGCCAGGUGGUCCUGCCUUACCACCUGCACUGGAAGAGCCCUGAUUCAGGGGACGCAGUGAGGAGCUGUUCAGUAGGAGAGUAGCAAGCGCAGGCAGCUCACGGCUAACAUGACACUCUGAGUCACAGCAUGCGCAACGACAAUGCUCUGCUGGUACAGUCUAUAUCUAGGGUGCAAGUGACUCGGCAACUCUCCCUGACUGACCAAGAAGGCAAACUGGACUCAGCUUCAGGUUUCUGGUACUUGGCUACACUCAGCCCUGACCCAGGAUGCCAGACUUCCUGAUGCGAAGGUGGACCAGAAAACGAGUGUGUGCCCUCAGGUGAUGUCACCGAUCAGGUGACAGAUGUAAUCAUGAGUUACGUUCAGGACUAUGUCACCACUUAGGAUGUAACGUCACUAGGGAGCUCCACCAUCAUCAGUCAGACACCAGGUGGGGAUGCUGGUAGCCCUGAUGAAGGGCCUCAGCCCAAAACAUCAAUUGUUUAUCUUCCUCCGUAGAUGCUGCCCGACCUGCUGAGUUCCUCCAGCAUUUUGUGAGUGUUUAACCCUUUACCAUGCUGCCUGAGUUAACAUUUCCUGCAUCUGAAGUAUUUUACCUUUGGACCAGACCUGAUUUCUGGAUGGAGCCAAACCAUGAGCGAUGUGAUCAACGUGUUCUUCUCUGCGGUUACCCCUCCCGGAUAGACAUAAUAACUCAGUGAGCAAACCUUUCCUGCCCCUCCCACAGUAAAGUGUCCAGAGUAGAAAUCGACCAGGAUGGUGCACUCCACCUGGAUAAGAAACAAUCUCAAAUGUAUUUGAUUACAAGAGACAUAACCCCCACUGGAAGAAAUGGAAACUCACAGACAUUGUUCUCUCAACAGGACUGCCUCAUGCAGGAAUGGUACCAUCCAGAAAUCAGGUGUAACCAGUGAUUACACACGUUACGUGGUUGGUUGUAUUAUAUUGUUGCUGAGGGUACGUUCUUAAUUCAAUGAUAGUGGUGAUACUUGGAUGUUGUGUUACCAAUGGGGGCAUCACGGUGAUAUCUGUGUGACACUGAGAGUGCUGGCACAUUGACAGAGGUGUUACUGCUCUUCCAGACUCCAUGAUUCUGCAGAAAAGAGACCUGUCGCCUUAUCAUCAAGUGUAUAUUUAAAGUGGAGGUUGCCAGGUUCUUAAUAAUUAAUGGUGUCAGAGGUUACAGAGAGAAGGCAGGAGAAUGGGUUCAAGAGGGAUAGUUAAUCAGCCAUGAUGGAAUGGUGGAGCAGGCUCGAUGGUCAAAUAGCCUAAAUCUGCUUCUAGGUCAUGAUCAUAUCAUAUUGUUAUUAUCUUCCAUCUCUGGGAUGCACUACUGAAGCUCCCUGAUCUAUCCAUCCUCCCUGUAGUAGAGUGCCCAAAGGUCCUCUUCAACCAGCUUCUAGAACAUCAGCUACCAACCACUGACCAUGAUUUCUGACACCGGCCCCGCCAACCUCAAGGCAUAACUUAGAACCUGCCCCGGUGCCCAAAGGGACGUGCAUUACCAGUGAGGAAUUGAGGUUUACGAUUGCAAUUUGAGAGUAAAAGCAAAGUGGAAAUGCCCAUAGAAGUUCAAUAAGUGACAUCCACUCAUUGCUGGCAGCAAGGGGUGGUGGAUAGCUUUUGGAGAUAAUUCCAGCCUCAGGUUGGGCUAACCUCGUCAGGCAUCAGGCACGGAGCUAAGAAUCUCCCUGCAGUUUAUUCAGGACUGACUCUUUGAAUAAGGGUUUUUUGUGAGAUUGUUGCUUUAAAACAAUAACUUGCAACAAAUAAUCACUGGCACAGUCUUAUUACAGGUUGGUUGGCAGAUGGAGCUUCUGAUGUGAAGGAGCUGUCCAGCUUUAUCUAACUUGGCUGAGCAGAGCAUCGGCUCCAAUCUCUAACAAGGUCAGGCUCAAAUCAUCAAUGCAGUUACAAUCUGACUUUAAAUAUGUAACUAGUAAUGUAUUUCUUCAUUGCCCUCCGAUGUUUCCACUUGCUCUAGCGCUGAUAGUUAAGGGCAUGUCUGGCCAGACCCAAUUGUUUGAAAGGCCUUUGCAUUUUUUUACCAGAGGAAGUGGUUGGCUUAGGGUUCUGAUGGUCCUACCUGACCAGCUAACAGUGUCGGACUGUCUCCCUCACUGUUCUCCAUCCUGGCUGUCAUGUCUGAUGACCUGUCGUUUGCCAGUUAUCUGAUAACUGCAAUGCCAGGGUGCCAGAAACCGAGAGGGAGUGAUUUCUGAGAGUAAAAGGGCCUGAAAUCUCAGCAGUGAACCUUGCCCAUCGGGUUAAGACCGCGUGUCGCCGCGUGCCUGUUGGUUUAAGGCUGCCUUCGCUGAUUACCAUGCAGACAUCUGGCGUAGUCUGUGACACCACUGGCCAGAUGGGUUUGACAGCUUCAUCUCAUUAUUCCCUUUCAUCGGCACUGACAGGACAGACAAGCCUGAAACCAGCUGCAGGACAGUUAGAAAGGAAGGUGAGCCGGGCUGAACACUGAGCAUCUGCUUCCAACGUCCCUGAAGGCACAGGAACUGAAGGAAGCAAAGUGAGGUCAAGCAGGGAAACCAGGCUCUCUGGCGUGGAACUUCUAGCUCAUUUGUUUUUCAGAUUUAGUAUCCAACAAUAGGCAGAAUGCAGAUCUUCAAAAUCGUACAGAAUCCCCAUAUCAGCAGAGGAAGUGGUCUUUCUGCAUAAGUUGUCAGUCGUUAAAACCUUUUACAGGUUAAUGUUUCAUUCCCUGCCUUCGCUGAAUGGCUUUGUCCGCCUCCCUUAACCUGUACCAUUUAUAACAUUUCUCAGUGUGUUCUCACCCCUCACUUUACUCUCCCACUGUCCUUUCGCCCUGGAACAGAGACAAAUCACAAGGAGCCAAACCUUUCAACAGGCUCCACACUCUUGCAAGAGUCGAUGAGAAGACGAAAGGUCUCAGCCCAAAAUGUCAGCUGCUCCAUAGCUGCUGAGUUCCGCCAGCAUUUUACAUGUAUCGCACGAGAAUAUUAAAAACAGCUCACUACUGGUUGUGCACAGAAGCAUUUCCCUCAUCUCAGGAUAACACCUUAUGUUGUGGCUUUACUGAUGCCCAGCUGCUGACCAAUGGGGAAGGGGAACUUGGUGCAGGACUCCCUAUAAGUUGAUGAGUCUAGGAUAAGAACACUGAUAGAGGCAUUUCAUCACUGAAUAAACCGUUCUUAUCUGAUAUAGUUUGAUUACACAAAACUACAGGAAAUUACGUCCAGCCUGGAUAGGCAAUCAAUAGCUUUAACAGUUAAUUAACUUCCAGGAGCAGGUCAGUGAUCAGGUUCCGUGUCUCACACUUUGCCAUUCAAUGUUCUUUCGUAGCUGUGACAGGCGUGGCAGGCGAGUACUGGAGGCAAAACUUUGCAAAGGCACAUUCGCAGGAUAUCCGGCCCCUCUCCUUGACUCCCACCUACAUUGCCAAAAGCAACCGCAUGGAAUGUGACUACCUGGCUCACUCUGUGUCCCACAGCAGCGUUCGCUGGUCGCUCAUUCCGCCCCGAUCUGGGGCACAGCUCCUGAGAAUGACAAAUGCUCCAGACUGUCAGGCUCUGGCACACCACCACCCCCUCCCCCCACACACAUCCAGACUUCCAAUGUCACCCUGAAGGGGUAAAAUUAAGAUCACUUACUCACUGUUUAUUGUUGACACUUUUAUCACAAUGAUGUCACUGCAUGCUUAACCAAUCCCAUCGCCCAGAAAUAGCAUUGGGCAGGACCCUAAAAUCCAUGAGAAAUUUACCUUCAGCAACUUCUCAACUUCUUUUUUUUAAAGCGUAUUAUUAUAUCAUUAUUGAUUGCUGAUUAAUAACCAUUAGUAAGCCAGGUAUUGCCAUGCAUACCUCAUUCAUCCAGGUCUACCGAGUUUGGUUCUCUCAGAGGACCUUACGUUAAGCUGGGCUGGAACGUAGGGUGUGUGAGCCUGGUGUAGAAUAUCACCACACUAAUCGUACAUAGAAUCUGCAUGUCACCAAGGGGUUAUGCAUUUUGUCUCACAGACAGCAUCUGCAUGAGAUGCAUGCCUGCCACUGUGUGCUGUGAAUACCUUUGGCACAGGACACAUUGAUCGUAACAGAAUUAGGGAGAAGUUUGUCCAAUCACCGUGUAGUUGUCAAGGAGUUUAAUUAUGAAUAAUGCAAUGCCUUCUUGCAACCAGAGUUAAUUACCCAUAUUAUAUGUAGUAGAAGGGCAACCUAAUCAGCUUCUAACCAGUUUCAUUUAAUUACAAAAUGAGUACCUCACUCUGAUCAUAAACUUAUUUAUGGCAAUAAACUUUUAUGAAGACUA